AUGUCUGCUCUUAGCUGGAAGCCAUUUGUGUAUGGAGGUUUGGCCUCUAUCACUGCUGAAUGUGGUACUUUUCCAAUUGACUUAACAAAGACACGUCUCCAGAUUCAGGGACAGACAAAUGAUGCCAAAUUCAAGGAAAUUCGAUAUCGUGGAAUGUUACAUGCAUUAGUAAGGAUUUGCAGAGAAGAAGGACUGAAAGCAUUGUAUUCUGGGAUUGCUCCUGCAAUGUUACGGCAGGCUUCUUAUGGCACAAUAAAGAUAGGUGUUUAUCAGAGCUUGAAGAGAAUGUUUGCUGACCGCCCAGAAGAUGAAACCCUCCUGUUAAAUGUCAUAUGUGGGAUUCUUUCUGGAGUUAUUUCCUCAGCCAUUGCCAAUCCAACAGAUGUUUUGAAAAUAAGAAUGCAGGCUCAAAGCAAUGUGAUUCAAGGAGGAAUGAUAGGCAACUUCAUCAACAUCUACCAGCAAGAGGGAACAAGAGGACUUUGGAAGGGGGUGUCCCUUACUGCACAGAGAGCUGCCAUUGUUGUUGGAGUGGAAUUACCAGUCUAUGAUAUCACCAAGAAGCAUCUAAUCCUGUCUGGCCUGAUGGGAGAUACUGUCUAUACGCACUUUCUGUCAAGCUUUACUUGUGGAUUAGCUGGAGCCCUUGCUUCAAACCCUAUUGAUGUUGUGAGGACACGUAUGAUGAAUCAGAGAGCCUUACGAGAUGGAACGUGUUCUGGUUACAAAAGCACCCUGGAUUGUUUAUUACAGACAUGGAAGAGUGAAGGAUUUUUUGCUUUGUAUAAAGGAUUUUGGCCAAAUUGGUUGAGACUUGGUCCUUGGAAUAUUAUUUUCUUUGUGACAUAUGAACAAUUAAAAAAACUGGACUUGUGA